AUGUCUGACAUCCAACUUAAUCGGGCAGGUACAUUUACUCUAUAUGCAAGUGAUGUUACUUCAUUUAAUCGUCUUCUUAAUGAUUUUACAUCGAUACUUUCAUCUAAUGGUCAAGCUGCAACAAAGCUCUAUGUUCCUCGCUCUAUUCAAAGAGUCAAGGACACAGAAAAGGUGGCUUUCGUAAAGAGAGUCGACCUAGAAGUACCAGAUGAUCGAAUAAUUGAUGCAUUAAAGAAAGUUGGUCUUGAUGUUAUUGAUGUUACUCGAUUAAAAAGCAAAGAUGGUAAUACUCCAACAACAACCAUCAAAAUUUCAUUUAAUGAUGCACAUAAUCGAAACACAUUCGUACAUACAGGACUUCAAGUUGACUCGAUGCACUUUAAUGCUGAAGCUGCAUCACAAAAUUCAAAGCCUGUACAAUGUUACAUUUGUCUUCAAUACAAUCAUGUAGCCAAGUACUGCAAAACCAAACAACAAGUAUGUUCUCGAUGUGGUGAUAACCAUCGUAUUGAAUCAUGUACUGCUGCAAAUGAUGCAAUAAAAUGCUGCAAUUGUAAAGGCAAUCAUUUAGCCACGUCUAAUGAUUGUCCAAAUUAUAAAGAACAACACAAACGAAUGCUAAAUUUAAUUAACCAAUAUUCGUCCACAAGCAAACCAACAGCUACAGCACCAGCUAUACAUGAUGUCAAUGAAUUUCCAUCAUUACCAGGUAUGUAUCAACGUCAACACGAACAUUUACAUAAUGAUAUUCUUGAUGAAUUAAUUAAUGUACUUACCACCAAAAUGGAAAAAAUCAUCGAAGAGACAACCAAAAGAUUAUUCAAAUCACUGCAACAGAAGAUAAAGAAAAUAGAAAAAACUAUUGCAUCAGUGGAAAGUUUAGUUAAUAAUGAUACAUCUGAUUCAACUUCGGAUAGUGAUGAAGAAAUUCAAAUAUUAAAUGAUAACAAUAAUAAGCAACAACAACAUGCAGCAACUACCAAAAAAACCAAUGAAACAGAAUAA